CUACCCGGAAGUAGUACUUACCUUCCUUCAACUCAAUAUGGCAGCUCCCGUAACAGCAUGUUUCUCGCGAUCUGUACAGUUCGCAAACAGGGUUGAACUGUCACGACAAAUAUUAUCUAGAUUAAAUUGUGAUCUAUUUAUACUUCGCCAUUUAGGCAGUGGCCAACAGCUGCUGGCCAAGCACUGGGAUAAUUCACAGGGUGGUUCGCCUGCUGACAUCCCAGUUGAUAAACUUAAAAUAACUUACAGUCGGAGCAGCGGACCAGGGGGUCAACACGUAAACAAAGUCAAUACCAAAGCAGAGGUUCGGUUUCAUGUUCAGACAGCAGAGUGGAUUCCAGAGGAAGUGAGAAAGGAGAUCCUCGUAAAGAAUAAAACUCGGAUCAAUAAAGCUGGUGAGUUAAUAGUAACUUCAGAGGUUAGCAGAAGCCAACAGAGGAACCUGGAUGACUGUGUACAGAAAAUCUCUGAGAUCAUUAGUGAAUCCAGUCAGCAACCACCAGAGCCAUCAGCGGAAGAUAUUGCCCUGAGGGCUAAAAGGUUAGAGAAAAGAAAUUUAGAAAGGUUGAAACAGAAAAAGAUCCAAUCUUCAACAAAGCAAGCACGACAGAUUAACUUUGACUAAAAUGAUUAUAUAAUUAUUUAUAUUU